AUGUGUAGCAGUGCACGUGAUCACGGGCAUAAUCAAGAUGAGGCUAAGAGUGCGCAUUCUAUAAACAAAAUGAACUCCGAGGUUAGUGUUUCUACAAUAGACAUAGCGUUCCAGAAACUUGCAUCUACACUUCAGGAAGGGUCCAAUCUUCCGAAACCGGAAUUACUGACAUUUAGCGGCAAGCCAACUGAAUACUGUAAGUUCAUCAAAAACUUUGAAACUAAUAUCGAAAGUAAAGUUACCGAUGAUAGACUUAGGCUGAGCUAUUUAAUACAGUACUGUUACGGUGAAGCAAAGUGUUGUAUUGAAGAUUGUGUUUUGUUGGAACCCAGUGAAGGAUACAGGCGCGCACGUGACAUCUUGUUCUCACGUUAUGGAAGGCCGCACGUGAUCGCUAGAACAUAUAUUGAAAAGUUGGUAUACGGUCCACAGAUAGCAGCAUCUGAUACAGACGGACUAUCAAAAUUAGCAUUAGAAAUGCAAAGGUGUGAAAUAACUUUAUCGCAACUAGGAUAUAAUUCGGAUGUAGAUAAUUCUGAAAACUUGAGGCGAAUUGUGAAACGGUUGCCUAUGCAUCUGAGAGUAAAAUGGGUUGAUACAGCACACGUAAUUAACGAAUCUGGAAGAGAAGUACAUUUUACCGACUUAGUGAAAUUUGUUGAUGAGAAAUCACGUGUUGCCAGUUCAAUGUAUGGAAUCGAUCUCAUUAAAGAAAAUCGAACAGCGAAGUCAACUUCCUGUAAACCGCACGGUACAAAGCCUGUAAAAGAUGUAACUACAUUGACCACACACAGUAAUACUGAUCAAAGAAGAAAUGAAAGAAAGUGCCGUUGUUGCCAUGGUAACUGCCUGGAUGUAUCUGUAUGUAGCAAAUUUAAAUCGAUGAGUCUAAAUGAGAGAAAAGAACUGGUGCGAAAAUUCAAGUUGUGUUACAACUGUUUGAAAGGCAACCAUUCAUCUAGCAACUGCAGAAAACCAAAGUCAUGUACGGUACCCGGUUGCGAACUGAAACAUAAUAUGUUGUUACAUAGUUGGAGCAGACCCAAUCAUGAAUCUUCGGCGUCACAAGCUGUGACUUGUGCAUCUGUGAAGAACUCAAAUGUGAAGAACUGUUUAGGAAUUAUACCAGUUAUUGUGAAUGCCAAAAAUGGAAAUUCCUGUCAAACAUACGCUCUGUUAGAUGACGGUGCAGAUAAAACCUUAUGUGAUGAGAGGUUGUUACAGUCUUUGAACGUCACAAGUAAACCUGUUACAUUCAAUAUUUCAACGGUAAACUCAACAAGUAGUACCAUUCACGGACAGGAAAUAGAUCUUAUUGCAUUGGCGGUGGACGAAAACAGAAAUGAAGAAGUGCCACUUUCCAAGGUGUGGUCAGUGAAGGAGCUUCCAAUCUCAACAAGAUCCGCAGCAGUAAAUGUUGACUUAAAGAAAUUACCCUACUUAUCAGAUAUAGACAUACCCCAAAUUGACACAAACAAUGUUAUGCUACUGAUCGGUACAGAUUCUCCAGCUGCACAUAUUCCACUCGAAGUGCGUUCAGGAAACAUUGAUCAACCGUACGCCGUGCGAUCACGGUUAGGAUGGGCAGUACGUGGUCCAGUUCAAGACACUUGUGCACCUUAUACCGUUAAUGUCCACUUUGAACAAUCCAGAGACGUGUUACUGCAACAGCAACUGGAAAGAAUGUGGAAUACAGAAUUUAAUGAUAGAUCAUUGAAUGAAAAGUACUCUAUGCCUGUUGAAGACAAACAUGCUCUGCAGAUUAUGGAAUUAUCUCUUACCCAUGAAGAUGGUCACUACAAAAUUGGAUUACCAUGGAGGAAGGAGAAUGCAUCCUUGCCGAACAACAUAGCUCUUGCCCAAGUACGCCUACAGCAACUGAAACGUAAACUGUCACGUGACCCGGAAUUACAUAAAAUGUAUACAACAUCCCUGAAUGAUUAUGUUGAGAAAGGAUACGCAGAAGAGGUGAAAGAUGGCCUUGAAAAUAUUUCUAGACGUACAUGGUACUUACCACACCAUCCAGUAACAAAUGUGAACAAGCCAGGCAAAGUACGUGUAGUUUUCGAUUGUGCUGCUAAGUACCACGGCAUUUCACUGAACAGCCAAUUACUGCAAGGACCGGACUUAAUGAACAGUUUAGUAGGAGUUCUCAUACGAUUUUGGAAAGAGAAGGUAGCUCUAGCCGCAGAUAUCGAAGCAAUGUUUCACCAGGUGCGUGUUACGGAAGAAGACUGUGAUGCUUUAAGAUUUCUAUGGUGGCCUGGUGGUGACAUCACACAGCAGCCAAAGUGCUAUCGUAUGAAGGUACAUUUGUUUGGAGCUACAUCAUCACCCAGUUGUGCAGCAUAUGCCUUAAAGCGUACUGCAACCGACAAUGCCCGUUUAUUUGGAAAGGAAGUGGUUUCUACAGUAGAACGAGAUUUUUAUGUCGAUGAUUGUCUGAAGUCUGUAGAAACGGAUGAUAAAGCUAUCAAGCUGGCUACAGAUCUUCAAACACUAAUGAAGUUAGGCGGAUUCCGACUUACGAAGUGGUUAAGUAACAGUAGGGCUGUACUGAACGCUAUUCCAGAAUCUGAACUCGCACCAUCUGUCGUCAAUCUGAGCCUAGACGAAACUUUACCAUGUAAUCGAGCACUUGGUGUGCAAUGGAAUGUUAACGACGACAGAAUCCAGAUUAAAGUCAAGCUGUCUGAUAAGCCACUCACGAGACGCGGCAUUCUGUCAGUUGUAAGUUCAAUAUACGACCCACUGGGACUCGUCUCGCCCGUAACACUUCAAGCUAAAGCUAUAAUACAGAGCCUGUGCAGACUGAAGAUCGGCUGGGAUGACCAGAUACCACAGAGCAUCAACAAUGAAUGGCAUACCUGGUUAUCAACCUUACCUUGUCUGGAGAAUGUGUCUGUAAACCGCUGUUUCCGACCAAGUGACUGUGUUAAAUCUACGGAACUGCAUAUAUUUAGUGAUGGAUCCGAAACCGCCUAUGGAGCCUGUGCUUACCUUCGAUUUGUUGAUACCUAUGACAAUGUAACAUGUUCUCUAGUCAUAGGAAAAUCUCGUUUAGCCCGAUCAAACAGAUGUCUAUACCACGUCUUGAGUUAUCCGGAGCUGUUGUCGCUUGCCGUAUUUAUGCGAUGUUGUCCGAUGAACUAG